CUAUUAAUAAACAGAUUUGUGUUGACAGUUGAAAUAAAGAGAAAAAUGAGGGAAGGAGAGAGUGAAUUUUCUAUUUUUCAGUGGUGACAAUUCUCGAAUGAAGUUAAAAAUAAAAAUACAAAGUAUAAAAAGGACAUACAAGUUUGAGGGAUGCAGGAGGAAGAAUAGAGAAAAACAAAGAUAAAAAAGAGAGGGCAAAGAAAAGCGAAUGAGAUUGUCGUGAGAGGAAGUAAGAUAGCUUGAGCUUGUCGUUGGAGGAAGCAGAGGUUCCUCCUUUUCAGCCCCCAAUGUAGUGGUGGCGUACCGUCUAUAUUUUAUAUCCGGUAUACGGCGGCAAGUGUCGCUGGAGCGCAGACUCAGGCCAACUGGGGUCGGCCGCCUCGUCAGUUACUUUUCGCGAUUCACCGAGCGCGUUCCACGAGAUAUCGAGUGCCGUCAGCCUCAACUAUUUCACCAAAACAACGUCAACACUAUUAAAAAAAAUUAAUUCACACCAUUUCUUUACAUUCUAAUUUUUCACAAUCACCAUCAUUCCCCAUUCAGUGAUGACACAAUUUCCAUCAUAAAGUUGUCAUUGUCUUUGGAAAUAAAUUUCCAUUGUUUUUUUUUGGCGGGAACUUUAUUCUAACACGAGCGCAACAAAUAAAGAACACAAGUAACUAAAACCAAAAAAUAAACCCGUCACUGUCGCAUCUCGACAAAACGUGUGACGAAAACAAAUUAUUCCAAAUGAAAAAAUAAAUUGUGUCAAUUGAUAAAAUAAUCUAAACAGAUUUCAGCAAAAAAAAAAAGCAAUUAAGUAAAAAAAAAAUCCUCCGCUUCGAAGGGAAGGUAAACAAAUCGGAACGAAAUCAACAGUAAGCAAUUGAAAGCGGAAACGAAAAUUGAAACAAAACGUAAACAUUGUUCAGUAAAAACAGGGGCGAGUAAAUUGAAACAUACUAAAGAACAAAUAGAGCCCAAAAAGAUGUAAAAAAAUAUAUCGAAAAUAAAAAAAAAAUUUCGAAAUAAACCAAAGAAUUAACCAUUUAAUUUUCUCCCUUGUAAAAUGACUACUCUCAUGUCAGAUAGAAACAAAAACCACAGUUAAGAAAAGUAAAUAAGGAGAAAUUUCCUUCUAAAAGUAAAUAAAUCGAAGCAAAGUGAAAGAAAAGAAAACAAACACAAGACUGUACUUAACUCUAAAGUAAACGAGGAAGCAAAUUAAAGGAAAAAAAAACAAGAAGCACAAAAUAAAUUCAAAGUGAACAAGCAUAACAAAGUGAAAAGAAACAGAAACAUACAGUGAAAUAUUGAAUAGUGAAAAAGUAAGAAAAAAAAUAGUGCUUAAAUAAUUUUUUCAGGUAAUGGAGAACUGCGGAAAUAAAGAAUAGUGAAUAAUCAAUUGUGUUUAUUGAAGGAAAUAAAUUCAAAAGGUUGGAAAAAAAAACUUCAGGAAACGGUGAAUCAAUAAAGAGUACAAAAACUAAAUAAAAUCCAAAUUUACAUUAACAAUUAUUUCAACAAAACAAAUAUUGUUAAAGAUCAGAAUUUAAAAUUUAAUCUCUAACGAUUGUGGUAAACAAAUAAAUAAGAAUAAUAAAAAAAAAUUGAAAGCAAUUUAAAAUUUUCCAAAAUUUGUAUGCAUAUCGGGCAUUGUGAGAGUGGAGGAAAGGCAAUAAGAGUCAAUUGGAAGAGAAGGAGUACGAUUUGCUGUUAUCUGGGAAUUCGAGGACUUUCGGCGCAUCGUGCAAAGGGAAAUUCCUCGCAGGAGAACGAAGCCGCGCGAUAACGAGAAUCCGGAAGAGGGACACAAGAGAGAAAAAGAGAGAGAGAGAGAGAGAGAUAGAGAGAAAGACAAGGAAACUAGUGGAUUGUCCACGCGUUCCAACGUUGUGUACGUGUAACGAGUUUUCGGGACGUUUUCCAAUCGAGCACGAACGAAAAAAAGGGGGGUAGGGGAAUGGCAUAGUGUGACGGUUGACUCGUGACUUGGAAUUUAUGGGAUUUUGUUCGCUCGAUUUUCCCAAAACGAAAUCUACAGUCAUAUUUGACAAUUGCAUUCCAAAUUCUCUUGAUGCUUUAUAUACAUAUAUAUUAUUAAAAUCCAGUGAAACGAUUGCGCGUUAAUUAAUUGAUUCACCCUUUGUAAAUCCCUCGCGUUCCAAAGUGACUUCCACAAAGUGCACGAACGAUAAGACAAUUCAGUCGUAUCCACGUGACGUUAUUGUCAGCAUCAAUGAGAAAGGGAAUCAAGGCAUUGAAUUAAGAACAAUUGCUGAUCAUUCCACUUUAAACCAUAAUAGUGCCGUGGACUUUGUGGAUAUUGAUCAGCAACUUCUGACAACUGCUCUGACUCGUCACUAUGCAUCAGUGAUGGACGGAGAGGGAACUUUAGGCCGUGGGCACACAAAUGGGGGCCGUGGACUGCGCCGUCAACGGUCCCUAGAAUGGCGAGAAAGGCGCGGUUAUGGGGGCAAUGCCCACUCAAGUAGUGAUGACGAGGACAACACUCGUCAUGGCGUUGGGCCCACUUCUUCAGCCACCAGAGGCGCUCGAAGUCCUGGCCAAGUUCUCGCUUCGCUAUUGGCCCAGCAAUAUAACGGUGCUGGUGAACGUUCAUAUCGCACGGGAUCAGAUACUGAAGGUGCAGUGACAACGGAUAAUCUAACAACUCCAUUUCCCACUCCACCUCCAACAUUAACACCAAAUCAUCGUCAGGCUUCUCCAUUCCCUUUGGAAAGUACAAAUUCACGACGUCAUCAUUAUAAUGGCAGUAUUUCCUCAGACAGAUCCCGGAGUGGUAAUGGUGAAACUGUUUAUGCAGCAACGUCAAAAAAGACGAGUUCUGCGGGUGCUGGCACUAUAAGCCGAAGAGCACGUCGAGGUCAUGGCAGUGCUUUGAGCAGUAGUUCAACAGCUAGCGAUCGAUCUGAAACUGUUUAUCCUGAUGAACACGGUCGUUUGCAUCUCACCAAUGACAAUGGUCGAGAUUCACCACCGGAACCAGCGCCACCAGAAGUACCACCUCGUGGUCCAUCUUUACACGCAACACAUACUCUACGUUCUCAACAAAACCGAAAUGGUUGCCCUCCAAAUGCAUCUGGUAAUUUCAAUCUCUCGUCAGAACCAGUGCAAUCCGAAACCUACUCCGAGUACCUGAUGUCAGGAAGUCCUCGAAGUUAUCCGGCACGGUCUCCGGGGGUUGCAUCAACGCCUACAGUCACCAGAUUACCGCCACCACAACAACAAGUCCCUGUUGGUUCCCUUGGAAGUGGAAUGGGAACUGGAGUGGGCAACGGUGGAAAUGGCACAACAGGGGCCCAAGGUCAACCCCUGGUAAUGCCAGGAUUUCCACUUCGAGCAGCAGCGGUACCUCAUUACUCUCCCUAUUCACCAUCAAGAUUUCAUAUUGAUAAGAGGUGUCAACAUAGAUGCUCAUGGAAAUGCUUCUCCAUUGCCUUGAUUCUCCUCACCGUUGCUCUUGUUGCCAUGCUCGCCUACUUUGCCGCCGUGAGUUCAAUGCGGCCGAUGGAUAGCACCAAUUGUAUUUUAGUUCAAGAUAUAAAGGCUGUCACCCAUGAGAAUUCACACGUUCAUGAUUCGAUAUCAACACAGGUUCCAACGGAAGAGAGUCUACCAACGAGUACAGCGGAACAUUCGAGUGCAUCGGAGAAUACUGGCGAGCAACAACAAAGUGAUCCACAGAUUCAACAAUCGGCACAACAAUGGCCCGCCGUUUUGGAAUUGCAAGCAUACAAUGUUGCACAUUCCGCCAUGAUACCGUCAUACAACUUUUGGAAUACCGAGUUCCUAAAUAAGCAACCGGCAUUUAUAAGACUCAAUUUAACACUACCUUGGGGUGCGAACUUUGCGGUUUAUGGUAGACGAAAUGUUGCACCGAGCGUCACGCAGUAUGACUUUGUUGAAUUUGUCAAAGGGGGAAGAGUUGAUCAUCGACUAAAGAGGGAUGUCACAACAUCUGAUGUCAGUAUUUAUUCAUCGAAACACGAGAGAAAGAAUGACGAGGAUACGAAACAUCAUUUAAUUAGAAGAAGCACUAUAGAGUCAAUGCUCGUUAAUGUCAGCCUCUUACAGUACUUAGAUACUGGCAGAUGGUUCCUCUCUGUUUAUAAUGACGAAUUACAACCGUAUAAAGUCACGCUAAUUGUCACCGAAGCUGAGGGGGUAUCCACAACUUGCUUAAAUGACUGUUCUGGAAGAGGUUCAUGCUAUCUGGGCAAGUGCGAUUGCAUCGAUGGAUAUCAGGGCGCUGACUGCAGCAAAAGCGUUUGCCCGGUUUUAUGUUCGUCGCAUGGACAAUAUGGAGGUGGCGUCUGUCACUGCGAGGACGGUUGGAAGGGUGCCGAGUGCGACAUACCCAUUGGGGAUUGCCAAGUUCCCGAUUGCAACCAACAUGGCCAGUGCGUACGAGGUUCAUGCAUUUGCAAUUCUGGAUGGAAAGGACCAUUUUGCUCUGAAGCUGACUGUCCGGAUCCCAGCUGCAGUGGACAUGGCGCCUGCGUUGCAGGCAAAUGCUAUUGCAAGGCGGGUUGGCAAGGCGAAAGGUGUAACCAGGUGGACCAAAGAGUCUACCAAUGUUUGCCAGGCUGCUCCGAACAUGGUACUUACGAUUUAGAAUCGGCCGCUUGCAUCUGCGAGGAGCAUUGGACUGGAAUCGAUUGCUCACAACCGAGCUGUGGACUCGAUUGCGGACCACAUGGAACCUGCAAGCAGGGUGUUUGCAAAUGCCAUGACGAUUGGACGGGGGCGAAAUGUGAUCAGAAACCUUGUGAUCCAAGAUGUGCAGAGCAUGGACAAUGUAAAAAUGGUACAUGCGUUUGUAGUCAAGGUUGGAACGGAAAGCACUGUACAUUGCCUGGUUGUGAGAAAUCGUGCAGCCGACAUGGAUUAUGCAGUCUUUUAGAUGGCGAGUACAGCUGCGAUUGUGCAACCGGUUGGGCUGGCAGGGAUUGCAGUAUCCCCCUCGAGAUGGAAUGCAAUGAUGAGAUUGAUAACGACAAGGAUGGAAUGAUCGACUGUUCCGAUAGCGAAUGCUGUUCUCAUGAAGCGUGCGCUGAUCACAUAAUGUGCAUUGCCAGCAAUGAUCCUGUUGAGGUUCUUCUCCGAAAGCAGCCACCGAGUGUAACUGCAUCCUUUUAUCAACGCGUCAAAUUUCUGAUCGAAGAGAACAGCGUACAGAGUUACGCACACACGGACGAGUAUGGUGAAAGUGCGUUCUGGAGUUCCUUUACACCGCGCCGAGUGGCAGUUAUGCGAGGCCAGGUUGUUACGGAGCAAGGACUUGGAAUUGUAGGCAUUCGAGUCUCAGUUGAUAAAGACUCACGAUUUGGAUUCACCUUAACCAGAGCUGGUGGAUGGUUCGACGUUCUCGUUAAUGGAGGUGGUGCAGUGACUCUUCAAUUUCAACGGAGCCCUUUCAGGCCUCUCACGCGAACGGUCUUCGUACCAUGGAAUCAAAUCGUGGUUCUACCGCCCGUCGUAAUGACUUUAAGCGAAGGCGGAGAUUCAUCAAAAGCAAAGCAACCUCCCAGUCCAGCUGUUGGCUUCCCAGGGUUUUCAGUGGGUUUGUUUGGACUGAAUGGACCAUGCGAGGAACACGAUCACGAGACUCUACGACCCAUUAUCGUCGGUACAUGGAUGCCCGAGAAAGUUGGCGGUUUACCCGGCAAGAGUUUGGUCUUCGCUGAAACUCAGAUUGUUCAAGAGAGUAUCGCAAUUCCGGGAUCGAAUCUCCACCUGAUGUAUCAGAGUAGCCAGGCUGCGGGUUAUUUGUCAACAGUGAGAAUGCAACUAACGGGGCCAUUUAUUCAAAAAUCGCUGACUCACGUGCACGUUCACGUGGAAAUUGAGGGUUCAUUGCACACGAAAACAUACGAGGCUGAUCCAAAUUUAACGCACACCUUCGCUUGGAACAAGAGAAAUGUCUAUAAGCAAAAAGUUUAUGGAAUAGCUCAAGCGAAAAUCUCCAUUGGCUAUCAGCACUCGACAUGUCCAUCGGUCAUUUGGGAAACACAAACCACCACAUUGCAGGGUUUCGAUGUUGAUAUUUCGGAUGUUGGCGGAUGGGGUUUGGACAUUCAUCAUCACUAUAAUUUCCACGAGGGAAUCCUACAAAAGGGCGACGGUUCAACUCUCCAUUUCAAGCAAUAUCCCCGCACGGUUAAAGUCAUCAUGGGCACGGGACUCCAGAGGAAAUUACAAUGCGACGAUUGCAAUGGUUUAGCAAAGGACGCGCGACUCCUAACACCAGUUGCUCUAACAAGCGGACCCGAUGGCAGUGUCUACGUGGGGGAUUUCAAUCUUGUCCGACGUAUCACACCUGAGGGAAAAGUCUACACCGUACUCAAACUAAGAGCAACACAAGUGUCAUAUCAAUAUUAUAUCUGUGUAUCACCGGCUGAUGGUCAUUUAUAUAUCAGCGAUCCGGAGAAACAUCAAAUUUUAAGGGCCCUCUCAUUGGAAGACGUCCAAGAUCCCGAAAUCAAUAGUGAACCGGUUGUGGGAAGUGGCGAGCGCUGUAUACCAGGUGAUGAGGGUCAUUGUGGCGAUGAAGGACCUGCCAUUCGAGCAAAAUUAGCACACCCGAAAGGAAUAGCAAUAGCGGCCGACAAGACAAUGUAUAUUGCGGACGGGACGAACAUCCGGGCAGUGGAUCCACGCGGAAUGAUUCACACCCUAGUGGGACACCAUGGUCAUCACAAUCACUGGUCGCCGGCACCUUGUGCUGGAGCAAUUGCAGCGCAUCAGGCACAACUCCAGUGGCCAACUGGAUUAACCCUCAGCCCUCUAGAUGGAUCCUUACACUUCAUCGACGAUCGUCUAGUAUUGAAACUAACAAGUGACUUGAAAGUUCGAGUCGUCGCUGGAACACCUUUACACUGUACCGCCGGUUCAAAUGACUCGCCAAAGGCAAACGCAACAAACCCGCUCCUUGCUAAAAAAUCUGAAGAUAUUCUCGGUUCCAUAUUGGCCGUCGGAUUCAGUCCCACUGGUGAAUUAUACAUCGCCGACAGUGAUUCACAUCGCGUUAAUUCCGUGCGCGUUGUCGAUUCAUCAGGAAAAAUGUCUUAUUUCGCUGGUCAACAACACGAACACCUCCGGGGACAGUGUGAAUGUAACAAUACAACACCAAGCACAAAGGAAUCGGAUUUCACUUGCGCCUGUACGGACGACACAAGCAGCACUGAAACUCUGCUCUCGUCGAAUGCCAAGUUUACCGCCAUUUCCGCCCUUGCCGUGUCGCCCGAUGGCGUUUUGCAUAUCGCUGAUCAAGGCAGUUUACAUAUUCUUGCAUUGCAACCGUAUCUUCCAAAUCAUGACGAGAGUGGCGAGUUUCACAUUCCAUUCCCCCCGUCGAAUGAGGUUUACGUCUUUAAUCGAUACGGCCAGCAUGUGGACACUAAGGACUUGACUUCCGGCAAGACCAGAUAUUCCUUCCUCUACAGCAAAAACACGAGCUUUGGGAAACUUUCGACAGUCACAGACAGCGCGGGAAAUAAAAUUCAGUUCCUACGCGAUUACAGCAAUGUUGUGAGUUCGAUCGAGAAUACUCAGGAUCAUAAAUCGGAAUUGAAAAUCUCGGGUGUUGGAUUUUUGGUGAAACUCUCGGAGAAGGGAAGAUCGGAAAUUACACUCGAUUAUGAUAGUGCGACCGGUUUGCUCACGAGUCGAUCCGGCGGUCGGGAAACUUACAUGUACAACUAUGAUGAUCUGGGACGAGUGACGCAGAUGAUAUUACCAACUGGAGAGAAAUUGAAACUAUCGUCUCAAUUGACGACCGAUGAAACUCUUUCGGUGAAAGUUGCGGCACCGCUCCAAGCUCUGAAACUAGGGGAGAAACAGCGUUUCAUGGAGUUCCAGAUGAAAAACGAGAGAUUGAAUACGUUGACCAUUAUUGACGGUACUCAGAUAAAGAAGGCUACAGCCUAUCCUAAUAGUUCCCUGGAGGUGUUUCUACCUGGAGGAGGAAGAGUUAUGACAGCCGCAAUGACCAAACAUCCCCUACUGGAAGCCGCUCUUCCUGUUGAGGCUGAAAUGCUACCAAUGUGGAGCUACCAAUCGAUGACUUUGGGAGAAUUAACUAAUACAAUGACAACUACUUACAAUCUUGUUGGUGACGUAAGUCAUCCACAACAGACGCUCAGUCGGGAAAUUUGGGUAAACGACACCCGCGUCAUUGGUGUCGAGUUCGAUCAAACUUUCGUCCGCGAAAUGUUUUACGACAAAUCAAAGAAUCCACUCUUAGUUGUAACCUUUGAUCCAUCAGGUUUGCCCCUCUCGUGGCAACCGCACGAACAGGGUCACAAUUUAACCAUCACUUAUGACAGAUUCAAUCGAAUGAAUAGUUGGCGAUGGGGCCCAACGGACGAAUCCUAUGGUUACGAUCGACAUGGACAAUUGGCCGAUGUUUCCAAUUCUCAGGAUGGAAUGAAGGGCUAUACCUAUAAUGACUUUAACAUGUUGUCGAAAAUCACUUUAGCCAGUGGUCGUACAUUCUCUUUGCAAUACGAUGACGAUGGUGGACUACGUCACAUAAUUUUACCAUCGAAAGAAAAACACUCCUUCUCCUGUCAAUCGUCACUUGGUUUCCUUAGAGUCUCUUACACACCACCGGGAAAUACGAGAUCGUAUCUACAGCACUACAGUCAUGAUGGAAAUCUCCUGCAGACUGUUUUUCCAGGAGAUGGAGCACGAGUCGUCUAUCGUUAUCACACGUCUGGUCAUUUAGCGGAAGUUGUUCAUGGCGAUGGAAAAAGUGAGAUGAGAUACACCGACAGUGGUUUACCCUCCGAAGUAAUUCACUCGGAGAGAGACGUGGAAUACAAAUGGGAUUAUCAGUACAACGCCGGUCUUUUGGUUGAGGAACGAAUAGAUUUCGGCGCCAAGACAGGCUUGAGCAAUGCCAAGUUCACCUUUGACUAUGACUCCAACUUCAGGCUCACCUCCAUUCAGGGUAGAAUUGGAGGGCAAAAUCUUCCGUCCCAUAUUGUUGCCUACAAUGUCAAAACCGGAACGUUAGAACAGAUUGGGUCUUUCAAGAUCUCCAAGCCCCACGCGAACGAGACGGCAGUAUUCGACGGAACGGCAAUCUUCUCCAGAAAAACGGAUAUGCGUUACUUGGAAACUGAGGUGACGGUGACAAUUCACGGUAUGGAGGUAUUUAGAAUGGAAUUCACACAUGACUCACAGGGCAGAAUCAAUCAGACCAGAACUUAUACUCGUAAUGUUGGCGUCAAUACGUACACGAACGUGAAAAACUAUACGUGGGACUCUGAUGGUCAACUCAUCGGUGUUCAGGCUCAAGAACCCUGGGACUUUAAGUACGAUCCGAAUGGUAAUAUGUUGUCACUCACCUACCGUGGAAACACGAUACCAAUGGGUUAUAAUAAUUUGGACAGAAUUGUCAAAUUCGGUGAUGGAUUAUACAAGUAUGACAAUCGGGGAUUGGUGAUUCAGAAUGCGCGCGAAGAAAGGUUUAAUUAUAACGCCAAGGGACUUUUGGUUCGAGCCACAAAGCGGGGACGAUUCGAUGUGAGAUAUUACUAUGAUCAUCUCGAUCGGCUGGCGACUAGGAAAGACAAUUAUGGAAAUGUGACUCAAUUCUUCUACACCAAUCAGAAACGGCCGCACGAAGUCAGUCAGAUCUACAGUCCAAGGGAUGGAAAACUAAUGUCCCUGGUGUAUGACGACAGGGGACAUUUAAUCUAUGCACAAGUUUAUAGAAAUAAGUUUUAUAUUACAACCGAUCAGUGUGGAACGCCAAUUAUGAUUUUCAAUCAGUAUGGCGAGGGUGUUCGUGAAAUUAUGAGAUCUCCGUAUGGACAUAUUGUUUAUGACUCCAAUCCGUAUCUGUAUCUUCCAGUGGACUUUUGUGGUGGUCUUUUGGACGCGGUGACAUCUUUGGUUCAUAUGCCGAAUGGGAAAGUUUAUGAUCCACUCAUUGGACAGUGGAUGUCGCCAUUGUGGGAAAAUGUUUUGGACAGACUUCAAUCACCUACUCAUCUACAUUUGUAUCGCUUCAAUGGAAAUAAUCCUAUUGACGUGACGCACACUGAUCAUCACAAACAACUAACGGACCACACUUCAUGGCUGUCUAGUUUGGGUUACGAUCUCCAGAGUUUGGCGCCGCAACUUUUCCCUGACGGAUUUUCGAACAGACACGUGCCACCGGCUUUGAGUUCGGGCACAUCGAUUUUCGGGAAGAAGGAGAGAAUAAGAAAUUUGGGAGUUCAAUCGGGAUUCCUGGCGCAUAUCGCACAGAGACAUUCCAGUGAUGCGGCGGGUCUCUCGGCACCGCCACGAUCGGCCCUCAAGAAGGACACGAGUGAACUGAUACCUGAUCGUCUUGGUGCUGCUUCGGAUCCACCGUUCGGGAAAGGUAUCCUCGUCUCUAGAACUGCGAACGGUCAGGCUGUCGUCUCUAGCGUCCCCACUGCCAACACGAUUUAUAAAGACGUCUUCACGACUGUUUUCAAUGAAUCAUACUUCCUGCCAUUUACAUUCGUUCAUAGCGCUCAACAGGACGCUUUCUAUUUUGUAAAGGAGGAAACGUGGAAAUCGGCUGACGAUCGGGGUCAAUUGAAACGACUCGGUGGUCAGGUGAAUACCACAUUCCAUCAGAAUCUCAACGGCAGUGGCAGUAAUUCACUGGUGGACGUGAAGAUUCACGGACCGAGUUAUGUGAUAAAUCUCAGGUACGGAACAACCGCCGAGAAGGAGAAACAAAGACUUCUUCAUCACGCGAAAACGGCAGCCAUUCGAAAAGCGUGGCAUCGCGAGAGAGAGGCACUCGAGGCCAAUACACCAACAAUGAACGAAUGGACAGCCGCCGAACAGGAGGAGAUCGUGAAAGAGAGCAAGGUCUCAAACUACGAGGGCGAUUACGUUCACGACGCGCAACUCUAUCCCGAACUCGCGGAGGAUCCCUACAAUAUCAGAUUCACAAAAAAGCCCGUUAAUCCAACGAGCAAAAAACGACGCAGAAGAAGAGGCGCUCCAUCAACCUGUAAAUUAUGGUGGUUCGACAAGUUUUGCUAGAAAUUAUUCAUGGUAUACUUUUCUUACCUCCUAAACUCUCCGCGAGAACCAGUGACAGACACUAUCAAAAAGUUUUAUACCAAAGUCUAUUUGUGUAUUUCAAAGAUGCCAAAUACUAAAAUUAUAUUAUAUUAUUACAUCGUGAUAGGGUCUAAUCUAGAUUAAGUGAAGUUUUCCAUCGACGAGCCAUAUGAACUGCUUUAAUAAUUGACCAUGGUUCCGUUAGAACGUGAAGUGUCGGGAUUUCUAGUGAACCGUGUGUUUUCUAUUGAAGAUGAAACGCCUGAUUGAUGAAGCACUUCCGGUGAAAGUAUAAACACUUCCUACAGGAAGCUUUUCUGCUGAAACAUGAAAGCUCUAAUAGGGUGUGAAAUUUCUAACAAAGUAUGAAGUUUCUAGUGAAGAAAAGGCGCCCCUGGUGGAAUAAUCGGAACUAUCGAAAUAAAAUGACGAAUCGAUUUUUCCACAUGAGGUGUAAACAUGAGGUGGAAUUAGUGAAGUGUCGGUUUAUGAUUGAAAGACGUUCGCAAAUGUGACAAUGCGACGAUUUGAUACAAGGUACAUAAAAAAAAUGGAUUAGGUAUAUUAAUGAGUAUUUGUCCGUUGAGAUUGAAUGAAUGGUCCUAGUCAAUAAAGUAGCUUUAAAAUGACGUAUAUAUGCCUACAAAUUGCCAUGUCUAUUAAAUUGUCGGUAUUUACUGUUUUGUUCGAAUGAGAAACUUCUCCCCUCCUAAGGCCUUGACGUAACAUAAGGGUGCUUUCACACUUGAUAGACCUAAGUAGAAUGAUAACGUAAAAUUAAGAAACAAGAAAAUCUAUUCUUUAGCACUUAAGUUUAUGAUUUCAAUCUACCUAGAUCUAUUAAAACAACCUUAGUGAAAAUUUUUAUAUUCAACAUGUUUCUCUCAUAUAAUUUUCCCCCGCCCAAUAUUGUCUAUGUGUGAAUGUAUUCUCAACGGCGAAUUUCUCAAUUUGUUAUAAACAAAUUCGACAUGGAAAGAACUGAAUAAUUGUCGCAUUAAACAAAAAGUGACCAUCUUUUUUCAAAAAUAUUUAAAGGAUAUAAAAAAUGAUGUUAAGUGGUGACGAGAAGUUUGUAUUAUAUAGUGGUGCUUUCUCGGUGCAAUGUUAUGAACAGAAAAAAAAAACAGAUGAAGCAGGCUAACUUAUUUUUAACAAUGAAUGUAUUGUUAGCGUUAACUAGUGAUGAAUGCCGAGCGAGUCACCGUUGAACGGUGAUUUAAAACAAAACAAAAAAUUAGUGGAAAAGCAUAAAUUUUCGAGGAUAUGAAAUGAAAUUUUUUGCAAUAAAUACAUCUUGAAUUUUGUAAAUCUUACAUCAUAGAACAAAAUUUAUCCUCAGUUUUCCACGUGACAAUUAAAUCUUGUCACUAUUAAAGAUGAUAUGACUGUGUGUAUAAGUAAAAAAAAAAAAGAAAACAGAAAAAUACGUAUUUGUGCUUGCUGGAUAAAUGGAACGAUAUGUUUCUUCACGAAUUAAAUAUGUGUAUUCACGUCGAAAUCGAACUACCGUCAAUACUCCAAGCCCCACUCCGAAAAAAAAUUCCCCUAUACCGCCCAAAAAUGAAAAAAAUAUGAAAUAUAAUCCCCUUGUCAUCCGAUUAUUUUUUAUUACUGUAUCAUCAUCAAAAGUCAAUAAUCGUCUUCAUUUAUACAAAAGGUUUAAUAUAAAAUAGUGGCGUCCUUACAUCUAUAGGUGAAAUUUAAAAAAAAAAAUGAAAAGACAUUUCGUUGUCUGACUAGUGGUUAAACGCGCUACUUUGAAUGUAUAAAAUGAAUAUAGGAUAGGUGAGCUUCGUUAAAAUGAAUCUUUCCACUCGAGAGUGUUGAGACUGACACCAAUUUCAUUCUGCGGUUCAAGAAAUGAUGCGUUCAUUGUGAAUUCAAAAAUUUACUAAAAUAACCGACAUUUUUUGGUUCAUAAAGUUCAUUCGUUGAAGAAUGAGAUAAAAAAAACGCAAAUUGUUAUUUUCUAUCCCAUACUUUGAGCCUUAACAUAACUUUAAAGGUAUGUUCACAAACUUGUAAUUACAUCGAUAUAUCGAAUCAUUGCAAGAAAUUGAUUGGUUAAUUCUAUUUUGAAGUCGGACAAUAAAGCUACGUCUACAAUGUAGUUAAUAAUAAAUACAAAAGAUUUCUUAAGAAUUCUAUUGUAUUCGUUCUUGUUAACGUACGAAGUCUAAAUUUUUCAAUUAUUCGAUAUAUUUAUCUAGAGCUGAAUUUUCUAUUUUUGCAAAACAAAAACAACAGAAUAGAAAUUAAGGCAAUAAUUGGGGUUAUGUUUUAAAAUACAAGGUCAAACCAAACGUCGGAUAUUUUAGUAAUGUCGACUCUCCCUUUUAUUCUCCGGCAAAAUGGAGAUUUUCUUUCUGAAAACCAGCCUGAGAUAUAUAGCCAUUCCUAAUUUGUUAUGAAAGUUAAUUUGAAAAAUCAAAAUAUAUAACGAUUUUUUCUACAAAGAGAGAAGAGUAAUAGAUUUAAAAUAAAGGAAUUAAGAAAAUAAUGUCCCACAAGGGUGUAUAAUGUCUGGAAACUGUAAAUAAUAUAUGAUUUUCGAAAAUCUACUUCGCAGACGCAUUAAACUGAACUACAGUUUCAAUUCGUGAUCAUCUAAACACGUAUCCUACCUUCAUAUAUAAGACCCCAACGAUCAAGUUCUUUAAAUUUGUUUUCAAUUCAAAUAAAAAAGUUAAUAUUUUGAAAAGUAUAUCUAAUUUUUUUUUUUAUAACUAAAAUAUAAAAAAUUUCUAGAAAUUUUUUUUUUUCAUAAAUGUGACAGCGUUGGGAUCAGUAACCGUUCACACUAUAUUUAUAAAUAAUAUAAAUAUAAAUAUAUAUAUAUAUACAUAAUAUAUAUAUGAGACUGCCACCUCUAUACUUUCAAAACAAAAGCAUCAAUUUAUAAAUAUUUUUACGCGCUCUUUCGACGAAUUUAAACGAUUUUCCUUAGACGUAGAAAAGUCAGGUUCUUCUGCGUAGAGUCCAUAUCGUUUGUUCGUAAGAGAAUAUUUAUUCGAAAAAAGACAAAAAUUUUUUUCAUAUUAGUUAAUUGAAUUCGCAUUUAAAUAAAAAUUGAAACAAAAAUAAAAUCACUAAAAAUUAAUCUUUUUAUUUAUGAGAAUACAAAAAUGUAGAUUAUUCCUCCCGAAUGAUAAAAAAAAUAAAAACAAAAUUUGCCGCCCUCGAAUGUGGCCUGUAAUAAUAUGUUGUCCCUGUUAAAUAGAAUAAAAUAAUCCAACUAAACUCGGCUAUUUAAGAAAUGGACUAUUUUUAUUAAGUAUCAAAGUGUCAAAUAUGUGAACGCUAGUAAAGAAUUGACAAAAAUAUGACAAAAACACUUUGAAGAAUAUCUUUAAAAUAAAAUGAAAGCAAAAAAAAAAAAAUAAUAAUAAAAAUCAGGAGAGAGAAUCUAUUGCUAUGACUUUUAACUUCCAUGAAGUUUCGAGUUCUUGUUUCGCAAUUUUUCGCUAAAUAACUUUCCUGGGUAAUAAACGUUUCUAUGUCCUCUCUAACCCAUGAAAAAAAGGGUUUUAAAAACUUCAUGAAAAAAAUACCGACAUGUAAAUAAUAAAAAAAAAUCCCCUUGAUACGCUUGCACCUGGACCAAAGUGAAUAUAUUCAACGAAUAGAAUUUUUAUUAUUUCGACAAAUUUUUGUUAUUUCUUCAGUGUUCGAUUUGUUGCCAUCAUAACUCGAAAGUAAACAUUCUUUUUUAUGUAGAAAAAAAAUAGUUUAAAAAAAAAAAAUUUUUUAUAAAGGAUAAAAUCCAUAAUUAGAUAUAAUAUUUUUUGGUACUAUUUUUUUAAUAAAUAAAAUUGUUUUUUCUAGUGAAACUUUUUUUUUGAGGUUAUGCCAGCCGUUCGAACACCAUUUAAGGGAAAGUACUGAAGCUAAUUCUGUGAUUGUUUUUUCAAAAAAAAAAUGUUAUAAAUAAAAUAUAAUAAAAUGAGAAAAAAAGUUUAUUUUGUAAAAUUAAUUUUAAGCAUUUUUACAUAAUUCGGUUGAAUGUGUUCACUUUGAUUGAUCCGUUUGCACGCUCAAAUAAUCGAAUGAAUAGCGAAUCAAAGUAAAGGAAUGUACGACGCUAUAUUAAAAAAAGGAGCUGAAACCAAAGCACAACGCUACAUAGCUACGACCACUACUUUGGUAGGAUACGCUAUUUUACCGCUGAUCUAAUUGUUUACUGUCACGUGUUGAUGUAAACCAUAAACUACAUAACGAUACGAUAUAUUUUAUUUAUAUAUUAAUAAUCUAAUCGAUUGUAUAUUUAUUGUAAAUAGUCACAAUGUUUGCGAUGACGUACAUAAUAUAUCUGUACUUGAAUGGAA